AUGUAUUUUUCUAACAGAUUCCAAAUGCUAUGUUCUGAUUCUCACCAAAAUGCUGCUGAGUUUUGGGAAAUGUUUGAUGCGGCUCUCUACGAUUGGUUGCGUGCUAAAUACGAUUGUAAAGUUUCGAUUCCUUCAGUUUUUGAAAAGGUAUAUGCAGAGAAUAGGACAAAAUGA